AUGCAACACCGCAAGCCAAAAGUAGUGCAGACUCUUCUGGGCUACGGAGCAAAUGUGCAUCUUAAAGGGGAUGGUUGGCUGAAAUUUUACAAUUUGUUCUUUCUGCUUGAAGAAACGCCUUUGCAUAUAGCUGCACAUUAUAAAGAUGGUACUGAGGUCGCUGAAAUGUUAUUGAAGAGUGGAGCGAAUGUUGAUGUACCCCAAGAGAACGGAGAAACAUCGCUUCACAUAGCAACGAGAAACAAUAAUAUCUCCAUGAUAGAACUCCUCUUGUCUGAAGGCGCCAAUGCUGCAAGGAAAUCACAGAAAGGAGAGACUCCGUUACAUUACGUCAGCAAACUGACAACGAAUGAGGAGACUGGUGAGCUGGACUUAAAAGCAGCGAAUCUUUUACUGAAGCAUGGCGGAAAUCCUAGACUGGAAACCGUGGAUACAAAAGAAACUUGUGUCCAUUACUGUGCAAGAUCUGGCAACAAUGACGUCCUUCAGGCUUUACUUAACUCGAUAUCAGCAGAAGAAGUUCGACGAUUAGUAAAUGCGAAAUCAUCUGUAAGUGUUUAA